AUGGUGUUGCUAAAAGUUAUACUCGUCGUUCUAAUCUCGGAAAUUGGUUCAUUUGCGAAGGAAGAUGAAAAUUCACCUGUAACCUUGCCUCCACAGUCAUUGAUAAAUGACACGGACUCUAAAGGGUGCAACCGUCAAUUAUUACCCUAUUUCGAUGGAGACGGAGAAACGGGUUUUAUGGGUGGUGGUUUCUUGACCGUUAACUGUACAAAAUCUUGCCCAGAGGGGAUAAAGGAAACGGAUGUGAAUGGAAACGAAUGCCUCGCGUCAUGGAAUUACUUGGACAAUUCAACUGUUACAGUCCUGGUGGGGUCGUGUAAAAAUGGAUCUUGUAAUCCUGGCGAUCCCUCGGAGUGUCGUAAUAUUACGCUUGCUGGAGAAGACAGUGAAGAAGAGGAAGAAGAAGCAAACGAAUGA